AUGGCGAACUCAGAUCAAGGGCAGGAGGCUGUCUAUAUCAUGGAGUCGAGAGUCGACAAUGGGCCUUUGUUGAAGACCGGCUCCGACAACGACAGUGUGCCAUCCCACGAUCCCAAAGCUUCUUGGAGUGCACGACAGCUGUUAUCUUUCGGCGUUAUUGGACAAGGCCUGCUGGAUUUUCUCAUUGCUCUCACCUGCGCCUACUUCAUUGUCUUCGCCGCUCUGGUCUAUACCAGGCGCGAUCAGCCUGUCGACCAACAAGGAAACCAAGGUUUGCUUGAAGCGGCCAAAUAUAGUCCGACCAUUUUUCCCAUCUUAUUUUCUGCGGUCGCUGCCAAGUUUCUUAAGGCAAUAGCAGCGGUCAAGCUCGAGAAUGGCGCCUCCGUACUCGCUCUCGAAUAUCUCUUGCAGAGCCGGAGCGUCUUCAGCACUUUCAUGGCCCCGAUCACGUUGAAGACCGUCAACGUCCUCACGCCUUUUCUCUGUUUGCUGUGGGCACUCUCCCCACUGGGUGGCCAGGCCGGGCUUCGUGUCAUCUCUACACACGAACUCUACUCGAAUACGACGCAGAACUUUACAUAUCUCUCCUUUGUAUCCAAUUUCAGCAACCAAGGCGUUGGCUCGGCCUCGGCGGAACCGCUGAUCCCAAUUAAUGCCAUCUUCACCUCUGCUAUCAUCGGCUCGGCGAAGUCAAAGGGCCUGGCGCAAGAUCAGUUCGGCCACGUCAAGAUACCCGUGUACGAGAGUCUGUCAGCAAAUGCCGGCUCAGAUUGGAGGGCUGUGCCAGAUUCUGGCGACGUAGAAUGGAGUUCUCUCACAGGACUGCCCAUCCAUAACCUUCCAUCAGCGGGAGUCUCACGGUUCACGAUGAACACUGGUUACAUGGUCGCCAGCUGCAAUGUAUCGGGCCACAAUUGGACUGCUGCAUACAGACAAAGUCUUGAACAGUUUGUUGGCUGGAGUGGUGCGAAUUACGCUCUCACUCCAAACGAGUACAAUCAGUAUGCCGUAACUAACUUUACGUUCCGAUCUCUCGACAUUGACGAAGGCGAUGAUCUGCCGUCCGGGAAGAUUCUGACCGUUGCAAACUGUACCGUCGGUAUGAGUUACGUUGAAGUCCAGAUCAAAUGCGACGGUCAAACCUGUCAGAGUGUCGCUGCCCGACCUUCGGAAAAUCCUGCUUCGCACCGGCUCAGCCCCAGCUUUACUUCUCUCGGUGUGGCUGACUGGACACCGAUCAACGGUCUGGGUCAAGUUGAUCUCUUGUACAUGGCGUUCUUUCCGGAUUUCACUAACGCCACCAACCCGACAGUGGGCUGCGACACUGUGUUUUGUCCCCCUAGUGCCAUCGAAGCAUACUUGGCGGACCCGUCGAAUGUGCUGGUACAGACUUCCACCACCAAGCUGUGGAAGCUCGGGAACAAGACCAUCUCCAAACGGUUCUCGCAGCUCCUCAACACCUACUGGAUUGACAGCAUCGCUCCCUCUGCGAUAUCAGGAAACUUCACCGUGGACCCAGGUGGCUAUCGCCCGUACACCACGGAUAGCACGCUGGGCACAAUCACAACUGGCCAGAAUGUCGUCAAGUGCGACUUCGGGUGGCUCGCAAUCAUGCUGGUGUGCUCGCUUGUGCUGUUCAUCAUCGGCUUGGCCACCGUCGUGCUGGGGGCGUGUCGGCGUGGGCCUGACGUGUUGGAUAAAUUCAGCUCACUUUUGAGGGACAAUCCGUAUGCGAGUUACGCCCAUGUGUCAUCCAUGGAGGAUGCGUCGGACCAGUCGAAGCGGGUAGGAGAUCUGGUGGUUCGCCUCGGUGACGUUCGUCCCGAAGAUGACCUUGGAUAUGUGGCAAUAGGAGUGCUUGAUAGUAAUCACGUAGUGCAGAAGCUGAGUACGAGGAGGUCUUAUGCCUGA